CGAGACACACAGCACCAUGUACAGCGUGGACGACCUCCUCAUUUCUCACGGAUACAAAUUGCCCAAGACAAGCGUCCCCUGCCCCUCUUCAACUUCAUCCGCCUCCGCACCUUGCGAGAAACAGCACCACGUCGCCGCCACGACCGACUGCCACCGUGAAAUCCCAGCGGCAGAGAACCAGAGGCCUGGUCGUGUUGGCUCACUGAACGGGUAUGAACAGGCAGCAGACAGGGGGGCCUGUGUCUUCAGGAGCAGCAGCAGGCAGGCACUACUGGCGAAGGUCUACCCCGGCAGCGGGGACAAUGAGAGCGGCGGGGAAAGGAACCAAAGGAGAAAAGAAGCUGGCAGCGGUAACCUAGGUGACAGCCUAGCACAGCCCCUGGGAGAUUCUCUCGCCACGGAUAGCGGGUUCUAUGACGCUCCCAGCUUAACCUAUUCUGAGCAGAUCGAGAGAAGAGAGCAGUUGGAUGAGAGGGAUGUCUCCUACUGGAGGAGGAGAGGCCAGGAUUUCAGUGUCCUCCUGGAUUACGCCGAUGGCCGGGAGCUGAGAGCGUCCGCUAGCUUUCUGAAGGCCUCUGAGGUGGCAUGGAGGCCACAGGCCCUGAUAGCAGAGGACCACAGGGGGGAGAGGGAGAAGCAGCAGCAGAAGCAGCUAUGGGAUGACACCCCCAUCUCCUGGCUGAGGGAAGCUGACGCGGCUCCUGGACAGCUGAGGGUAUUGACUGGGGUGACUGGGGAGCGGAAGUGCCAGAGCCUGGGCACAGAGGAGUGGAAGCCUGCGGUGGGGCUGGGGAGGCAGCUGUCGGAUGGGGAGGGCGAGAGGUGGGCUCAGGACCAGCAGCACCGCCUGAGGACUCCAGAGAGCGCUGGUUUUAUCCUUCCCAGAACCAGAGGGAAGUCCCAGUCCCUCCCCAGAGUGCUGUCGCCUGAUGGAACUACUGAACACACAGACACACAGUCCAGCUUGGUCAGUGUCCAGCUUCGACCGGGCCAGGUUGAUAGACAGAGAGUGAACAGCACCGUCUUUUCCGGGCCUUAUAGUAGGUAUUACCACAGCGCCGCAGUUGGCCGGGACCGGUGGGCCAGAAACAGUUGGCAAAGUGGCGGUCAUGUUGCACUUUUACCAAAGCCCAGGUUCAGCAGGCCUGUCAAGCCUCCGUCGUACGAGAUACACCAGCAGACUAGGGGUAGCCAGGAGAUGCUUUCUGUAGCUGUAGUAGAUGAGCAGAGUGCGUCCAAACAACAGAAGGACAACAGGCCUGUCUAUCACCCAAGGGGUGGAGAACUGCAGAGACAAGACUAUUUCGCACAACACUCCGCAAUCUUUGGCAUGGAGCCCCCCGGUUACAUCCCGCCCCCGUCUUAUAAGAGAGCCCCUCCCCCAAUCAGGGGAGGCCCAAUCAACCGCAAUGAAGUGGUGAACUAUAAGUGGAGGGGGGAGAUGCAGAUACAGAUGCAGAUGCCUGUGAGCUCAGAGACGGGAAGGUGGUUUUCCAGACAGACAGGAGGGUCGUGGCUGGAACACUAUGGGGAUCGAGGUAUACCCUACAGGAAACAGGUUAACCCUGGAUACACCGAGGAACAUCUGGGGCAUGUUCACUAUUUACCCUUUGAUGAUCCGCGAGUGAGACACAUCUCAGGAGGGCCUGGCGGAAAUUCUCUCACUGACACGGACAAGCUUAUCCGAAACAUCAACAAAGAGAUCCCCUGCGCUAAGGUUUUAGGACAAUCCACACAUGAUAGUGCCUUUUCCCCCCCACAUGGGCUAUCUCUCAAUACCGACAGCCGCAAGACAUCUGUCAAUGACAACGACGGUAGUAGUACUAGAUGGUGCCACAGGGGUUUAAUAAACAAAGGAAGUGUAGACAGUGUAGCUCCUGACCAGAGCUGUGGUAACUAUCCAACUGCUUUUCAGGUUAGACCGCCCCCUCAGCAGAUCAGGCUUGUGGACCAAGGUGUGUCAGAAACUGUGACUCAAGUGAAAAAGAAAGAGCCUGACUCCUCAGAGAAAGAGAAACCAAGAAAGCCUGACUCCUCAGAGAAAGAGAAACCAAGAAAGCCUGACUCCUCAGAGAAAGAGAAACCAAGAAAGCCUGACUCCUCAGAGAAAGAGAAACCAAGAAAGCCUGACUCCUCAGAGAAAGAGAAACCAAGAAAGCCUGACUCCUCAAAAAAGAAACUUAGCGAAACAAUAUUCUGUUUGGUGUCUGUUCCCAUCCCCCCAACGCCGGGCAGUACGUCCCAUGAUCAAAACAACAAUGAUGAGAAGCCGCCAAGCCCAGUCCGGCCACCAAGCCCAGUGGACAGUCCGAGCGAGAACAAAACUGGCCACUUAACAAACCAAAGUCUCCAAAGCACAUCUUCAGCAGAGGCUGAGCUGCAAGCACUAACCGGUAGCAUAGCAAGCAGCAGAUCAAGCAGCAAAAUAGUGAGAAAACUCCCCAUUAAACCCCCCAAAAUAAACCAUCACAAGGAGCUGAAACUCUCGGGAUCCUGGCCUGGGAACCAGUACCGUGACCAGGAGACUCAAACUAGCCCAGAGGCCAGAAAGCGUCAGCCUCCCCCUCCUCCUCCUCCAGGUCCUGAAAAUAAGGAAGCACAAGACCCUCAAGUCCCUGCCCCAGGUUCCCCCGACCCAGGCGUCACCCCAGACCCCAGCAGUGUGGGCAGCACUGCAUUCAGCUAUCCCAUAAAAGGGGUGAAGAGCCUGAAACCAUCCAGCAACAGCGCCUUUUCCAGGACGGCCACUUUCUCAAUCUCCAGCCAGCUGAACAAGAGCACAGCUCAGCCGCCAGCAGCAGCGCCACCACCACCACCCUCAGGAAACACGAUGGAGGUCAAACCAGCAGCGACCUGCAGUGGGCAGGAGGGCUUCGGUCAGUUCCUGCUGAAGCCCGUUAGCAGACGGCCAUGGGACGCCAUUGAGGAGCUAGAGACUAUCAACAAAGAGCUCCAGGAUCAACAGCAACAACCACAGCAGCAGAGCAGCAAGAGGCCCAGUGUUGACCAGUGCAUCGAGGACCUCAACGAGGCAUACAAAGACAUCUUAGAGCUAGGCACUGCCAGCAAUAACGUUCCCAACAAUGGCGGCGCUGUGCAGAUCCCUGAGCGGAUCAAGAUAAGGCUAGCGGGGGAGGCGGGGCUCAGCAAACCCAGCAGCCUUAGGCGCAGUAUCGAGAGCUGGACUGUGUCCGUCGACCCAGAGUACAGGGAGGUCAAGAGCGCCUUCUCAAGACCCGCUGAAAGAAAGUCAGUGACAUUCAGCAAGCAGCUAAGAGAGGAGCUCCCUGUCCCGCCACGCGAUCCUACAGGAUUCAGAGAAUACAGGGUUGUUUCGAAUUUGUCACAGAGGAGAAGUAGCUGCAGUGGCAGGUCAGUGAAGCUAGACCUCUCUUCCCCUUCGGAGACACCACCGCCUUGUGACUUUACCGGCCCUAGUGACUUUAUUGACUCUCCUAGUGAUCCCAGCGAGAUCAGAGACUUAAGCCCAACGACGCCAACAACGCACACGGCAGCAGAAGUCCCCUGGGCAGAUAGGCAGCCGAUGCAGGACGCCUCCACACUUACGAGUCCCCCUGACUAUGAGGACAUAUGUCAGUCUUUACAAAAGACCCGAGACUCAACAGAAGUUAACAAAACUUUGACGGCCAAAUCUAAACUUGGUGGUGGUAGAGGCAAUGCAGUGCCUCCAGGGGGCGCCAGUCUAGACUCUGAAGAGGAAUGCCCCAUUUGUAAAAAAGAGAGCGAGAGCCAGAUGUCCAGACCAAGCCCAAUGUCUCCGCUCCAUGAGGAGUCAAGCCCAGACUUGUCUGAUCAAAGUAGCGCCACGAUCGUCGGUGACAGUGGUAGUCCACAAGGAGCUGAAACAUAUGUAGAACCAGCUGAGGACGAAGUAGACACAAAGCUAUCCUCCGUCUCUUGCUCGAAUCGUUCAGAGGCUCAGACUCUGUGUCAAGAUUGGAGGGAGCAGCUGUCACUCACAGAUGAUAAGAAUGUGGGUGGGUGCGCUGCUGCUGAGAAGACCAAUCAAAACCAAGCAACCAAGGAUCUCAACAUUCUAUACGAAGUGAAAUGUGCCGAGGGAAUCCCAGAGAACGAAUCCAUAGAGGAGAGGGCAGCCAGGAUAUUAGGGAUUGAUGUGCCUGCAGAGUCCCUAGUUACAGGGGAGCGGAGGGCUAGAGAGCCAGCAACAGAUGAGAUUGAAUUAAGAGAGAGUGAACCCACUGCUGGAGAAGAUCCAGAAAGAAGCAAUGCAAACGAACAGACAUUACAAACACAUGUGAGAGAUACAGAGUCUGGGGAACUGCGGUCUACAGCGUCUAUGGUGCCUAACAGUGGGCAGGAGUUUCAAGAAAAUGAGCCGCCACAGGAUACGCCAGAGCGCAUCAGGAGUGCCAAAUGGACCCAACUGGGUCGAGAAACUCCAGGUAUGCUGGAGUUUCCGCCAGACAGACUACCACUUUCGGUCCCCAUGAACCCCGACCAGAAGCUGUCUCACAGUCUGGAGGGAGAGAGGAGGGGCAGAGGUGCCUCACAGCACAUAGAGGCCCUGCAGGACAAGCUAGCUGCCUCGCCCAGCCACCAGGUGGCGAUAGAGCGCCUGGCUCGGAUGAAGGUGGUGGACUCGGUGUCCCGCAUGAGACUCAGCAUCAGGAGCACAGACUCUGGGGAGGUGGACGGGGAGACGGAGCGGGAGGCCAGCCGUGGCGUUGAACAAGUGGAAGAGAACGCUGUCCUCCCUGCUCCCUCCCAGAGUGACACAGUGGACGAUAGAGAAGUCAACCUAGAGGACGAUCGAGAGGCCUCUGAAGAUACAGUGUUGCAAGAUGAGGAGGUGUCAUCUGUCUCGGAGGCCUGAGACCCAAGCCCAGUGGAUUAAAGUGGAGAGAGACUGAGACGCCCGUCAUCUUUCUCCAUCUGAGGUUUAGCUCCCUCCAACACUGUGACCUGGCAGCCCAUUAGAAUGCCUUCAUCUCAUCCCAAACACAGAAACGGCCUUCUUCUCCGACAACAGCAUUGUGUACACCCUCACCCUCGGCGUCGUUGAGUGCUAAAGAGUGUUCCACUGCCAAAAGGGAGGUGUCCCCCUACCUAGGGGCAGCUUCCAUCUAUCCCCCCCCCCCCCCCAUCUCCCCUUUAUCUCCCUCCAACCCAUCCUAGGAGGGGUCCAAAAUGGUACCCUACUCUCUAUAUAGUGCACUACUGGGCCCUGGUCAAAGGUAGUGCACUGCAUAGGGUUCAGGGUGCCAUUUUGGGACUCAUUUCUAGUGUUAUUGUAGCAGCUUGUUCUUUAUCCUUUCUUAUUCUAGCCUCCCGAUGCUUUUUAUUGGCUUAUUCUACUCUCCUAGAUGCUUUUUAUUGGCUUAUUCUACUCUCCUAGAUGCUUUUCAUUGACUUUAUUAUUCUACUCUCCUAGAUGCUUUUCAUUGGCAGACAUUAUGCAAUUCUGUCAUGCGUAUAACAACCUAAAAAAAAUGUCCAUAGUGAAUACAGUUAGCUGACUCAUCGUUCACACGCUGUGUGAUUCUGUUUGUUUAUGGGCGAGCUGUUUAGAUAUGAAUGUAAACACGUUUUACACAACCAAGUAGACAUAGGAGUCAUAAGAGUCGAUUACACCAAAAUAUUUACAUUUGAUUGUUAUGGACAGAGAGAAGUGAGAAAUGUAUUAUAUUGGACAUUAAUGUCUUUGGCUCGAGAACUGUUUUAAUUUUCAGAUGAAUCGAUCGAUCAAUCCGUCAAUCAAUCAACGAAUCAACCAAUCAAAUCAGUCUAUUAUUAUUUUGUUACAUUGUGGCCUGUCUGUCUCAUCGCUUUCCCGUAUACUGUAAUCAUAAUCCAUAGAGCUCUUCAAUGAAGAGUGACUCUAUUCCUACCAGAUGUCAGGGUUAGGGUCAAUUCAAAUUCAAGUCAGUCGUUUCAGAAAGUAAACAAUUUUCAAUGAUUUCUCAAAAAAUUUAAAACGAGAAGCUAUUUAUUAAAACACGUUUUUCCAUUUAUGAAUGUUCACUUCCUGAAUUGAGUGACUUCAAUUUGAAUUGACCCAAACCCUGACAUGGAGAAAUGAUAAAUCAGUGAAAUAUAUUUUGUGAGGCAUUGGUUCUACGUUAUGGGGGGUGGGGGUCACCUAGGUGACAGUCUGUUUGUGCUGUCAUGCCAACUCCUUGUCACUCAUUGGCUUGACAAUGUGCAAUGGAAUUGACAAAGAGCACAAACAGAUCUGGGACCGGGCGUUGCCUUCUGUAUACAGAUGUGCAUUUCAUUAAUCAACUGGAUCAGGUUACAAGACCACUGGGCAGUGAAAUCAAUGUUUUAAAAAGAUCUAUCUGGGUAGUAUAUUAGCUCUAUUUCCCAGGUAAUUUCAGGAAGCAAUAAUGGUAUGGAGUGUGCUAGUUUUGAGUUGUAAACAAUAAUUAUAUGGACAUAGUAAAAAGAUAAGAGCAAUAUUGUCGUACAAACAGCUUAGUUGCAUAGUCAGUGGAGCUGGGAACCAUUGUCAGGAAUCUAAUUAUUACCAAGUCCAUAAUGGCACCCUAUUCCCUAUAUAGUGCACUACAUUAGACCAGAGCCCCAUGGGCACUGGUUAAAAGUAGUGCACUAAAUAGGGAAUUGGGUGCCAUUUGGGACGUAACAUUUUAACGAGUCAUCGUUUGAAUCAUCCUGUAGCUAAAUGGAGAUGUAUCAGGGUAUGCUGGUGGGCGGGUGCUUAUUUCAUAGAAAAUAUUAGUGGCCAUACAUGUGUAUCGUGUUAAGUGACUACAUUUCACUAAAUAUACAUUUUUUGUUAUCAUUGAAUUGUUAAUCAGUUUGCAUAAUGUACAAAAUAAAGUAUAUUUUAAAUAUUUUAAGAGAUUUUGUAUUUAACCAUUCUAUUUGAUUUCUCCACACUUUGAUCACAAGUUGAAAGUACCAUAUUGUCUGUACAGUACCAUAUUGUCUGUACAGUACCAUAUUGUCUGUACAGUACCAUAUUGUUUAUACAGUACCAUAUUGUUUAUACAGUACCAUAUUGUUUAUACAGUAUCAUAUUGUCUGUACAGUACCAUAUUGUCUGUACAGUACCAUGUUGUUUAUACAGUAUCAUAUUGUUUAUACAGUACCAUAUUGUUUAUACAGUACCAUAUUGUUUAUACAGUACCAUAUUGUCUGUACAGUACCAUAUUGUUUAUACAGUACCAUAUUGUCUGUACAGUACCAUAUUGUCUGUACAGUACCAUAUUGUUUAUACAGUACCAUAUUGUCUGUACAGUACCAUAUUGUUUAUACAGUACCAUAUUGUUUAUACAGUACCAUAUUGUCUGUACAGUACCAUAUUGUUUGUACAGUACCAUAUUGUCUGUACAGUACCAUAUUGUUUAUACAGUACCAUAUUGUCUGUACAGUACCAUAUUGUUUAUACAGUACCAUAUUGUUUAUACAGUACCAUAUUGUCUGUACAGUACCAUAUUGUUUAUACAGUACCAUAUUGUCUGUACAGUACCAUAUUGUCUGUACAGUAGUAUAUUGUUUGUACAGUAGUAUAUUGUCUGUACAGUAUCAUGUCUGUACAGUACUAUAUUGUCUGUACAGUAUCAUAAUGAGAGUAUAUAAUUUUCUAGCGCUUCAAAAAAAAGAAAAAAGAUUGACAUAAAGAAGGAUUGACCUUACAAGCAAAGCUAUGUGCAGUGUGCCUUGAUCAAACGGUCAUUCUGUUCAGUGACAAGAUGAGGGUUUAUCUUCUUUGUGAGUCUUGACUAAAUGGGAAAUUCUGAUUGUGCCAUGAGUUCCCAUUUCUAGUGCAUUUUCACACGCUGUCUGAAAAACAGUUGAACAUUUGAUGCUGGACGUUCUUACUGAUGAUCCAUCGAUCCAUCUCAGCUGUGUUCUUAUGUUUAGGGUCAGCUGUGACCUGCAGUGUUGGGGUCAAUUACAUUUCAAAUCAGUCAGUUCAGGAAGCUAACUGAAAUUCAAAUGAACAUUUUUCUCAAUGCCUCUGUUUUUUGGGGGAGGGUGGAGGGGGGGGGGUUAAUAAUUACAUUUAUUUUCUGGAAUUAACUGAAUUGAAAUGGAAUUGACCCCAACCCUGGUGACUUGUCUUAUGUUUGUCAUCGUCUUCCAAGCCAAAUCAUGUACUGUUGUUUUUGUCGCUGAUUCAUAGCAACAUGUUUAGAAAUAAAAAAAACUAAGAAAUAAAAAAAAACUAUUUAUUUUAUUCAUGCAACUUAACAUUUCUUUCUUUCUACAUUGAGUGAAUUUUGUGUUUUAGACUGCUGUCAAUGAUACAAUGGUUAGUGAAGGGUGUAUAAUGCCUUGUAAAAGGUGCACAUUAAUGCUGUUUUCCUAUUUGUCAAGGGUGAAUACAUACUGUUCAAUAAUCACAUCGUUUUAUAACAUUCACUUUCAUGUAGCAUUAUUGCGGUUGUAGCAUUUAAUUGACUUAGAACUUUGUCUUAAUUUCGCUUAAUAUUUCUGAUAUUUAUUUUAAAAAAACAAGUUUUUAUCACGACGCCGCCAUAGGCAAUUUCGGGCAUUACAUUAUAAUUAAGGCCAAAUAAUUACUAAUUGCACACUGUUUCAUAAUUGUAAGUUUCACAAACAACUUAUUGUUCUGCCAUUUCUUAAGCCUGAAAGGUAGCAAUGUUGACUGCAUACGUACAUAGUGACUGCACUUAACUUUCUUCACUGUGGGUCUUUCAAUCAAUCAGGAGAACAGUGCUGCUACUCCAAAAAUACACAGACUUCCAAAAAUACACAAACUCCCAUUCGAAACAACAACUAUAUAUAAUAUAACUAUAGUCAUUGAUUCAGAAGUUUAUUGAUCAAUUGAGUCCAUUGAUCAAUAUCACUGAUUAAUAUCCCAUAAAGAGCAACCAGGUGGAUAGAUUACCAACAGUUGUUGACGCCCGCAUUUCGUCUGAACUUAGUACAAUUUUUAAGACUUUUGCUUGACUUACCUGUAGUGAAGUCCUCUGUCCUAAAAGGAAAUUAAAAAAAAUGUUCAACUUCAUAUUCAUCUCCAGCACCACCCCAACAUCAACAUAUGUUAAUAUGUUGCGUUUCAAUGUGUUGUAGAAAAAAGAUAGAGGAAGAUACGUAAGUGUUUCUAACGACAUCAUUGGUGUGCAUCGUGGGAUUUAAAAAAUAAAAUAAUCGAAAAUGUUGUUUUUACCCCCCACCCCCCUUUUUCUCCCGAAUUUCGUGAUUACGAUC